AUGAUACCGGGCCAAAUCAAUGCAUCAUUAGAGGGUCUUCGCAUUAUUGAGGAUUUUAUCAACAAAGACGAAGAAUUAGAAUUGAUUAAUGCGCUUAAUUCAAAUGCAUGGUGCGGACGAGGAAUAGCGAGACGCACCCAACAUUACGGAUACGAAUUUAGUUAUAGAUACAGGAAGAUCAUGAGGGAUCUAGGACCAUUACCUGAUUUCAUGGAUUUCAUCAUUCAACGACUCGUUAAUCAAGAGAUUAUUCGAGAUACCAAAGACAUCCCGAAUAUGUGUAUUGUGAAUGAGUAUGAUGCUGGUCAAGGUAUUAUGCCUCAUACCGAUUCGGCUACAUUGUUUGGUCCGGUAAUAACGAGUCUUUCGUUGUUAUCGCCUUGUUUAAUGAAAUUUACACACGCUUCAAAUUUGAAUGACGAAGCCAUUAUAUUGUUACGUCCUAGAUCUUUAUUGAUAAUGACGGGAUCAUCAAGAUAUGAUUACAAACAUACAAUCUCAAAGGAUCUUGUUGAGGGCUUUGAAGUGGAUGGGGAAGGAAUCUUGGAGAUUGUGAGAAGCAGAAGAAUCAGUUUGACGUUCAGAACAAUAACAUCCUGCGAGGAGGGUUGUAACAACAAUGAUUAUGAUGGUAGCAACGAUGAAAGUUAA